AUGACCACCCGUUACAACUCUUCAGAAUCCGACAACUCUGACAUUGAGGAUCGCAACCACUCGCGCACCUCUACCUCUUCCGUCGAGGAGGAUGUCAUCAAGGGCCCCAAUGGCCAGUCUGUCAAGAAGACCACUAAGACCACCACCACCACCCGCAAGUACACUACCACCACCGACAAGGACGGCAAGCAGACCACCAUCGUCACCGAGGAGGUGUCUGUCAACGGUGGCCCCACUGCCGCUGCCCCUACUGCUGGCUUCAUUGCCCGUGUUAGCUCCUUGCCCUUGAUCCACGACAGCGUCUCAACCCUCCACUCGUACGCCAAGGACAACAAGUACUCCCGCUACGCCCUCGACACCGCCGGUUCCGCCGUUGAGACCGUCUCCAAGUACACCGAGCCCUACAGCACCCGUCUCCAGCCCGCCAUCUCUAAGGUUGACCAGAUCGCCACAAAGUCCUUGGACGUUUUCGAGACCACCUUCCCCAUCGUCACUAAGCCCACCUCCGAGAUUGUGACCCAGGUCAAGAAGCCCUACGUCUACGUCGAGGAGUCGUCCAAGAACGCUUAUACCCAGAUCCAGUCGACCAUCGACACCCGUGUCACCGCCCCCGUCAAGGCCGUCACCAGCAACAUCGCCACCACCGCUGCUUCGACCCGCGACCAGAUCACCACUGUUGCCAACUCGACCCGCGACCAGAUCACCACUGCCGCCACCUCGACUGCCAACAACAUCACCGCUGCUGCUACCACCACCGCCACUGCCUUUGCCACCCGUGUCAACACCCACGCCACUCCUCUCGUCGAUGGUCUCGAGACCAUCGUCAACCGUGUCUUGCCUGCUGAUGCCGAGGCUGAGCAGUCUACCGCCGGCCAGAGCAACCAGGCUUCCCGUGUUGUCGACCUCGGCCGCAAUGUCUCCCUCCGCGUCUCCCGCCGCGUGAGCGUCUCUGUUGCCCCCAUUGCCCAGUCCGCCCAGGACUUGCGUAAGGCUGCCGAGAACAACGCCACCGUGAUCAAGUCCAAGGAGUCCAUCCAGGCCUUGAACAUCCGCCUCAACGCCCUCAUUGAGGCCGUCCGUGCUCACGCCAUUGAGCUCCAGGAGAACGUCCAGAAGGUCCCCACCGAGGCCUCCCAGCGUGUCCAGACCCUCUCCACCUCCCUCCUUGUCGAGAUCGACUCGCUCUCGGUCUACCUCAAGGAGCACAGCCCCAAGCUGCCCGUCUAUGUCCAGGUCCGCCUCGAGCCCCUGGUGGGCUUUGUUAAUGAUCGUUAUGUCACCGUCAAGGGCGAGAUGGUCAAGCCCGAUGUCUCGGCCCUCCAGAAGGCCCGCAACAUCCUCCAGUUGACCACCGAGGAGACCCUCCCCAUCCUCCAGUCCGCCGCCCAGGAGGUCAAGGAGUCCCUUCUCCAGUACCAGGUCUCCAUCCAGGAGAACGUCAACAAGGGCAUCACCAAGGUCCAGGCCGUCAACUCUUCCGUCUCCGAUGCCGCUUCCCGCGCCGUCCAGACCGCCCGCGUCACCCUGGUCGGUGCCAAGUAA